AUGGGGUGGCCGCUGUCCCCUGGACUCUGCCUGCUCGUCUGCCUCCUGACCCGGCUCGCCGCUGCAGCCUCAGCUCUGCUCUCGCCUUCAGAUGCUGAGAAGACCCCGGGUUACUGGAACGAAGGGGCCAGGAGGAGGCUGGAGUCGGCCCUGGCUCUGCAGCCAGCGGCACGGCGGGCCAAAAACAUCAUCCUCUUCAUGGGUGAUGGCAUGGGGCUGCCCACCAUGUCAGCGGCUCGGAUCUACAAGGGGCAGCUGGCUGGCGACUCGGGUGAGGAGAGCGUCUUGGCCAUGGAGACCUUUCCCCACAUGGCCCUGGCCAAGACCUACACCGUCGACCGGCAGGCUCCCGUCCCCGCCCACACGUACCUCUGCGGGGUGAAGGCAAACGCCAAGACGCUGGGGCUGAGCGGGGCAGCCGUCUAUGGCAAAUGCCGCACCACCUUCGGCAAUGAGGUGGACUCCAUCCUGCACCGGGCCAGGCUGGCGGGCAAGUCCGUGGGUAUCGUGACCACCACACGGGUGCAGCACGCGUCCCCCGGGGCGGCCUACGCGCACUCGGCCAGCCGGAGCUGGUACGCCGAUGCCAACAUGCCCAAGGAGGCCUUGCGGGAUGGCUGCAAGGACAUUGCCUACCAGCUGGUGCACAACACGGACAUCAACGUGAUCCUGGGUGGCGGGCGGAAGUACAGGAACGCCAAGCGGACCCCCGACCCCCGGUGCCCGAGGGACCCGGCUCAGAACGGCACCAGGAAGGACGGCCUUGACUUGAUUGCCGAAUGGCUGAGGGACAAGCAG